GAAGGGUUAAAGUGAAAGGACGGAGUUAUCCCAAAAAUUACGGAGCAAUUACGGAUUUCGAAAUCUUACCGGUGUAGAGUGACUUGGCGUUGGAAUUUCGAUCGAUCGCGCUCCUCGAUCUCUGCUGCGCCUUGCCCUAGCCCUAAAAUCGCGCCUUUUUUGUCUGAAACCGACAUUGAGCUGUCACUUUCUCCACUCUGGAUACGCAGACAUGUACCAACAAAGCCACUUCUCCUGUAAGCAUCUCUCUCUGUUUUCUCAUUUUUUGUAAUCUCUGCUUUUUACGCGCUCGGCUCACUUAGAGCUAAGCUAGCUCAAUCUGUUCGGGGGGGUAGUUGGAUUGAAGAAUCCGGAGCUUUUAACCAAAGCAAUCGUUUAAGAGUGAUUAGAUCUGUGGAGUUUGUAGAGAGGAUUGCGGAUUUUUGAUAGUCUAUUCGUUGCUGGUGGGAAAAAUCUGACCGUUCGGUUUGAAUUUGGUCGCGCGUUGAUCUCUGCAAGCUUUCUGCAAUCGCCUUUACAUGUUUAGUGAUUUUCUCUUGUCUUGCCUUCGUUUAUGAUUGAUUCUUCAAGCCGCUUGGGCUUACUCGCUUUUCCCGAGACGCAUCUCAUCUCGAAAGGCGCUCUUUCGGAUUUGGGAGUGCUUGGAAACUGCUUUUUCACUCUAACGAAGGUGGUGCCACCUAGAAAGAGGGAAAAGGCCGCCUUUUAUUUUGGUUGUUGUUGUUGGCCGAGCUCGUUGCUUCUUUUUGGGUUUCUGCUAUUUGAAGACAGGAGGUUCGAGUUUGCUUCUUGCUUUUCUCGUGUUGUAUAUUGAGUGUUGAAGAUUGAGGGUUUGUAUAAUUUUGUGCCCUUACGAUUGUCUGGUAACAAGGGUUAUUGAGUAUGAGGAAAAAUGUUAAUUCACACGCAGUAAGGGGAUAUAGUGAUAGGAGGUGGAUUCUUCCAUUUUUUGCUAGUCUGCUGGUAUCAGUUACUUUAUUUAUGGCUGCUGUUUUUGGGAUGCAUUCAUCUUCCUACGGUGAGGAUCAGCUUCAAUUUGACAUUGUUUCCUUAGCAAGACCAGAGGACUCUACUGGGUAUUUUGUUGAAUCAGAUUUACAUGGAGCAUUUGACAAUAACGAAGUUUCAAACGUUGAGGCACCUAGAUUGGCUUAUCUUAUAUCAGGAACCAAGGGGGACAGCCAAAGAAUGAUGAGGACUUUGCAAGCUGUUUAUCAUCCAAGAAAUCAGUACAUUCUGCAUAUGGAUCUUGAGGCUCCGCCACGGGAAAGGUUGAAUUUGUCAAUUUCGGUGAAGAAUGAUCCAACUUUUAGGGAAGUGGAGAAUGUACAUGUAAUGUUGCAGUCAAAUUUGGUUACAUACAAGGGACCUACGAUGAUAGCUUGCACCCUUCAGGCAAUUGCAAUACUAUUGAAGGACGGUUUGCGUUGGGAUUGGUUCAUUAAUCUUAGUGCUUCAGAUUAUCCUCUAAUGACACAAGAUGAUAUUCUGUAUGUUUUUUCUAAUUUGUCCAGAAAUCUGAAUUUUAUUGAACAUACACAGAUUCGUGGUUGGAAACUGAACCAGAGAGCAAAGCCAAUCAUAAUUGAUCCAGCUUUAUACCUGUCUAAGAAAUCUGAUAUUACUUGGACCACUCAACGUCGGUCACUUCCCACAUCCUUCAAGUUAUUUACUGGUUCAGCAUGGGUGAUGCUAACCCGAUCGUUUGUUGAAUACUGUAUAUGGGGAUGGGAUAAUCUCCCACGAACUAUCCUAAUGUAUUACGCAAAUUUUAUCUCCUCUCCAGAGGGUUACUUCCAUACUGUCAUCUGUAACAAACAAGAAUUCCGCAACACUGCAAUUGGCCAUGAUCUUCACUACAUUGCUUGGGACAAUCCUCCAAAACAGCAUCCUCUGGCUUUGACAAUUAAGGACUUCGAGAAGAUGGUCAAUAGCAGUGCCCCAUUUGCUCGAAAAUUUGCCAAGGAUGACCCAGUUCUUGACAAGAUUGAUAAACAGCUGCUAGGCCGCACCCAUCGCUUUGCACCUGGGGCAUGGUGCAUUGGGAGCUCAGACAGUGGUGUGGACCCUUGCUCGGUGCGGGGUGACGAAUCCGUGUUCAGACCCGGUCCAGGUGCAAAGAGGUUGCAAGGACUAAUGGAUAAGCUAUUGUCUGAAGAGUUCAGGAGCAUUCAAUGUUCAGCUUAGAGGCAUACAAAUUGGUUUACUGAUGCUUAAGUGCAGUCCCUAUGGCGGAAAAGAUGCAUGAAUCUCCUUGGAAAAUUGUCUAAAAGAUUUUUGGGCAAAUGGGUUCAUCAAAGUUCAUGGCCAACUAAACCAACUGUACAUUUAUGUGUUGAUAGAUCUACAGUUUUGAGGUGACACUAAGGAAUUUUCUUCAUUUUAGUCGAAAUUAAGAUUAGAAUUACAGGGAUAAUAUACAUUGUACUGAACAGUUUUGCUAACUUUUGGCUCCCUUGAGAAUGGCCCACUGAUCCUAA